CCUCCCCCAUUAAUAUCUCCUCUUCCUCCUCCUUGCUCCCUCUCGCCAUUGGAGACCUACCUGCAGCAAGCGAGAGAGAGAGAGAGAGAGAGCUAGCACUGUUCUUCUUUGCCUUCUGCUAGGGUUUCUUUCUUUCUUUCUUGCUUGCUUGCUUGCUUCUUGUGGGAUGGAUCACGGCUUUGGGAGCCUUGGAGGAGGAGCUGCCGGGAGCGGCAAGGCGGCGGCGUCGUCGUUCCUGCAGCUGCCGCUGUCGACGGCGGCAGCUUCGUCCAUGGGUGGCGGUGGGCCGGCGUACUACGGGACGCCGCUCGCGUUGCACCAGGCGGCGGCGGCGGCGGGGCCGUCUCAGUACCACCACCACCACCACGGGGGCCACCACAAGCACGGCGGCGCUGCCGGCGGGGAGAUCUCGCCGGCGGAGGCCGAGGCCAUCAAGGCCAAGAUCAUGGCGCACCCCCAGUACUCCGCCCUCCUCGCCGCCUAUCUCGACUGCCAGAAAGUCGGAGCGCCGCCGGAGGUGCUGGAGAGGCUGACCGCCACGGCGGCGAAGCUGGACGCCCGUCCGCCGGGCCGGCACGACGCACGCGACCCGGAGCUCGACCAGUUCAUGGAGGCGUACUGCAACAUGCUGUCCAAGUACCGGGAGGAGCUGACGCGGCCGAUCGACGAGGCCAUGGAGUUCCUCAAGAGGGUGGAGGCGCAGCUCGACACCAUCGCCGGCGGCGGCGGCUCUGCUCGCCUCCUUCUCGCCGAUGGUAAAUCUGAAUGUGUGGGUUCUUCUGAGGAUGACAUGGACCCAAGUGGGCGCGAAAACGAGCCGCCUGAGAUCGACCCUCGCGCCGAGGAUAAGGAGCUGAAGUUUCAGCUUCUGAAGAAGUACAGUGGCUACCUGAGCAGCCUAAGGCAAGAAUUCUCCAAGAAAAAGAAGAAAGGGAAGCUGCCCAAGGAGGCCAGACAGAAGCUGCUUCACUGGUGGGAGCUUCAUUACAAGUGGCCUUACCCCUCAGAGACGGAGAAGAUUGCACUCGCGGAAUCGACAGGUCUAGAUCAGAAGCAGAUCAAUAACUGGUUCAUCAACCAGAGGAAACGGCACUGGAAGCCAUCGGAGGACAUGCCGUUCGUCAUGAUGGAAGGUUUUCAUCCCCAGAGCGCUGCUGCAUUGUACAUGGACGCCCCAUUCAUGGCGGAUGGAAUGUAUCGCCUCGGUUCAUGAGCCUCGAAGACAGAUGGAUCACAGGCUGUGUCUGAUGAUAUGAGCAAUUAUCUGUGUAUUCAGCAUUAUGCGUUGCAAUGCUUGGACAUUGUUAUGGAAUUUUUGGUUACCUUUCUCCGUUGGAUUGACAAGGGUCUAGUGUUGAUCGCUCUAGUAGUGUUGAUCGAUGGCUUAUAGUUUCACCUGUAAUGUUGCUGUUUUCCUUUCGAUCUUUCGGUGGCUUGUAAAAGUUAGGUGUAUCGGAAUUUCUCCUCGCUCGUACGCGUCGUAAUUAAUUUGGUGAUGGUCUAUUUGUAUGGUUGUGCGUUUCAGAUUGGUGAAUCCUGUUCAAAGUUGCCUAUCUCAAA